AUGUCAGAAGUUCCAGUUAAACCAUCAAUCACUCCAGCUCCAGAAGAAAUGGAAGAUUUAAAUAUUGUCGGUUACGACCCAUUAAUGUCACCAGCUCUUUUACAAUCUGAUGUCCCAGCCUCAAAAUUCUCUUUACAAACUGCUGUCAAAGGUAGAAAAGAAGCUGCCAAAAUUAUACAACAACAAGAUGACCGUUUAUUAGUUAUCGUUGGUCCUUGUUCUAUUCACGAUGCUGAUGCCGCUUUAGAUUAUGCUCAAAGAUUAAAGAAAUUAUCUGAAGAAUUGAAGGAUGAAUUAGUUAUCAUCAUGAGAGCUUAUUUGGAAAAACCAAGAACCACUGUUGGUUGGAAAGGUUUGAUUAAUGAUCCAGAAUUAGAUUCUUCAUUCAAUAUAAAUAAAGGUUUGAAAAUUUCAAGAAAAUUAUUCUGUGAUUUAACUAAUCAAGGUAUACCAAUUGCUUCAGAAAUGUUGGAUACCAUUUCUCCUCAAUUUUUAACUGAUUUAAUCUCAUUUGGUGCCAUUGGUGCUAGAACUACUGAAUCUCAACUUCAUAGAGAAUUGGCUUCAGGUUUAUCAUUCCCAAUUGGUUUCAAAAACGGUACUGAUGGUACUUUAGAUGUUGCACUUGAUGCUGUUCAAGCUGCUGCUGCUCCACAUCAUUUCAUGGGUGUUACCAAACAUGGUAUUGCUGCCAUCACUACUACAAGAGGUAAUGAAAAUUGUUUUGUUAUCUUGAGAGGUGGUAAAAAAGGUACCAACUAUGAUGAACAAUCAGUCCAAGAAGCUAAAGCCAAAUUACCAGAAAAGGGUGUCUUGAUGGUUGAUUGUUCCCAUGGUAAUUCUAAUAAAGAUUACAGAAACCAACCAAAAGUUAGUUCAGAAGUUGCUAGACAAGUUUCUAAAGGUGAAGAUAAAUUGAUUGGUGUUAUGAUUGAAUCACAUAUCAACGAAGGUAAACAAUCCAUUCCAAAAGAAGGUAAAAAAGGCUUGAAAUACGGUGUCAGUGUUACUGAUGGUUGUGUAGGCUGGGAAACUACUGUUGAUAUGUUGAAAGAAUUGGCAGACUCUGUCAAGGCUAGAAGAGCUUUAAAAAACUAA